CUUUCAGUUGGGGUGCUCAGUAAAUAACGGUUCACUUGAGAGGAUGAUAAAUGUCAGGAAAUCCUUUUUUAUCUGGUUUGGGUGGUAUCUUAUAUUUUCCAAGCCGAGCAGUGAAUGUUGCAUUGAUACUGGCUGUUAUCUGCCAAAACCAAACAUCACUCAUCUGAAAGCUAUUAAUGACAAGCAAAGCCUUGUGGUAAGCUGGUUGGUAAAGCCCAGCGGUUUCGUGGCUGAAGUUUAUGACAUCCAGAUCAGCCGCACAGAAAAGCACGUUAUUAUUUACAAUAAAAAUGUGAGUGUGUACCCCGGAGAUUCAGCUGAACACAAAUGGACGUGGAUCUCUGAUCUGCCUCUAGAGUGUGUCGAUCACUCGGUCAGGAUACGAUACUAUAAUCAGUCUGUCCAGAGUCCAUGGAGCAGCUGGGUAACCAACUAUGGAGUCGAAGCAAAGGGCAAGACCAGGAUUUUCCCCUCCAGACGUGUGCUGAGGGAGGGCAGCAGUGCCAUGUUCUGCUGUGUUCCCCCAACAGGAGUGAAUAUCACAAGCAUGACCUUCAGGAACGAGCAGUACCCUUUUAUGAGCAUUGGAGCCAGAGUCAAAGCUAUUACUGUAAACAACCUCACCAUCCCAAAAGUAUUAAUUAAACAUUUGUUACUCAGUUGCUUUGACACAACAGGCAAGAGCAGUCAUGUCUUGAAUUAUAUCAGUUUUCCUCCCCAGAAGCCCAGAAACCUCAGCUGUGCAACCUUAGACAUGGUAACUGUCACUUGCACCUGGGAUUCAGCCAGAAAGCAAGACCCAUAUGAUCGCAACAGUCAAAUAUAUACUCUCCAUAUCGAGAACUCAGACCAGGCUCCCGUCAACUGUAAGAAAUCAUCCUGUACUUUUCCAGCUGUGCCACACCUGGAAGAAUACAACAUCAGUGUGAUGGUGAAGGACAAGCUAGGAGAGGAAGUGGAAUGCUAUAGCUUCAACAUCUCUGAUAGAGUGUUUCCUGUUGUGACGUUGCUUGAAGUGAACCCUGGGGUGACAGAUGCCACCGCGUCCUGGUGCAUACAUGCGAACUUGACUCAAAUGAACCUCCUCUGUCAAGUUGCUACAGUCCCACUCGACACCAUCCAGCUGGGGUGCAGCAACAGCGCGAGCGGUGUCUGCAAAGCCAAACUGGAACAUCUGUUUCCCAACACUAAUUACUCCAUCAGGGUACGCUGCACCAUCAGUGGCAGACUCUGGGGAGAAUGGACACAAUCGAAAGUCUUCACAACAUAUCCACUGGUGUACUUGGACUUAUGGAGAAGCAUAAACCCGCUGUCUAACUCACACCACCGACAAGUUACUCUGUUGUGGAACCCACAUAUUGUUGGCACAGCAACCACAGUAAACAUACAAGGCUACACAGUUAAGUGGUCACAGGAAGGCCAAACAGUGUCAAAGGACAGCAGACAGAGCCUGGUGGAGGUGUCCAUUGGUCCAGAAAAGUGCAACUUUACUGUCCAGGCUGUUCUUCCCACCGGCUCCUCCAUCCCUGCCCAUAUCUCCAUCCCACCAGCAGGUCACACAGAAAAUCUCCUAAUGCAGAAGCGUUUAGACAGCACCACAGUGGGUGGUUUCAAUCUGACAUGGGAGGAGCAGAGCAUUGCUACCUGUGGCUAUACUGUGGAGUGGUGCAUGCUGGGAAAUGCAGUCCCUUGCACUCUGCAGUGGUUAAAGGUACCAGAGGGAAACAGUACAUUGUUCCUACAUGCUAGACAUUUCCGAGUAGGUUACAGGUAUACGUUUAAUAUUUAUGGAUGCACGGACAAUGGAGAUAAACUACUGGAGAUACAGACUGGAUACUCACAGGAGCUCAAAUUUGUACAGUCUCCAAGUCUGGUUGAACCUGUUCAGAGUACUUCCUCUUCUGUGACACUGGAGUGGCAUUACAAUGAAGAGGAUCCCACUCAGCCAGCAUUCAUCACUGGGUACCUGGUUACAGUGCAGGAAGCAGGAUCUGUUUCACUGCCAGAUCUGUUCAAUGUGUCAGUGGCAGACCCCCACAUGAAGUCUGUGACCAUAGAGGGUCUGAAGCAGAACACAGGGUAUACUUGCACUGUGAGUGCUCUCACUAAAGAGGGGCCUGGGCUACCAGCCAACAUCACCAUCAGGACCAAAACCAACUACUCUUUGCUCAUGCUCAAGAUACUAACUCCCAUCUUUUUACUGCUGGGCUGCACCGUUCUCCUGUGGCCCCAAAGGAAAAUUCUGAAGAGUGGGCUGAAGGAGAUAUUUGUUUAUCCUGCUUUUAUGAACAUUAAAGCUCCAGAGUUUGAAAGCUUCCUGCACAAGACUGAUCAGUGGCUGCAGUCUCAGAAGCCGGAGGAGUGCAUCAGCUGUGACAUCGAGAUUUUGAAUGUCAGACCUCCUCUAAAUGAAAGAACCACAUUGAGAGAUUCUGAACUCGCGGAGGCACCGUGCUCUCCUAGUUCACAGUCCUUGCUUUCAUCUUCAUCACCUUCUUGCAUGCUGCUCGAAGCAAAUUACUGUCCACAGUCAGCCACUCAGUCCUUGGACAAACCAGCCUCGCAGCAAGUCACAAGCAUUGUGAACAGGAGCUAUUUAUACACCUUGAAGGAGGGUUACCCCGAGCCACCUAAACUUGUAUUCGGUGAAAUUAGACCUAUGUUUGAAGCUACUGAUUGCCCCCUGGAAUCAUGUGAAGUCAUAUAUGGUUAUAUUGCCAAUGAUUCUUUAUAAGUACGGAGUCAAGUCUCAUAUUUUAUUUCUCCCUGUUCCAUUGUGUAAAUAGUGUAAAGAGAGAAUCUGUUUAUCAGACAUAAUAUAAACUAGCAUUCUUAUGUUGUUUCGUAUUCAUGCGAAAUCUUAAAAUACGGAAAUGGAUUCAUUAAAAUAAUGCACAAAACUCACAUCAGGCAAUCUAAAGAAAUUUUAAAUCUGCUUUUGGCUUUUGUAUGUGAAAGUGUGAACUGCAGCAAACUCAGGACUUUCCUAAACUGUGAAGGAACUGGAGAUGUUAUCUACAGGAUGUAGCUGCUGAAACAGAUCAGGUGGGUGAGCAGGUGCACGACUUAGAUGUUUGCAUAUUUUUUGAGCAUGUGUGUGAAGAUAAAAAACAGCGCUAUGUUACUGAAUGUUUUAUUGUUAUCAUAGCUUGUGAUGGUGAAGGUGGUGCUAUUAUUUUGUCAGCAACAUGGUGGUGUAGGUGUUGAUGUGAGGUACAGUAGAUAUAGUGCUUGAAAUGUAUAGAAUGUAGUGUUAUAUGAAUCCGAUCCCACGUGACUCGUGGGGCACCUCUACAAACUCAUUUGGCUGAGCUGGUGACCCAUUUACUGAAAGGCUGCAGAGGUCUGGGUUUGAGUCCACACCAGACCGUGCAGCUCAUUCCCCGUCACUCUUUCAUUACUUUCCUGUCUAGUCUCUACUAUCUUUUCAAAAUAAAGGCUAAAAAUGCCCCCAGUAAUGUAUUUGCAUUUACACCAAUCUGCUAUACUAUUGUGACCACCUGCCUAAUAUUGCGUCGGUCCCCCUUAUGCUGCCAAAACAGCCCUGACCCAUCAAGGCAUGAACUCCACUAGACCCCUAAAGGUGUUCUGUGGUAUCUGGCACCAAGAUGUUAGCAACAGAUCCUUUAAGUCCUGUAAGCUGUGAGGUAGGGCCUCCAUGGAUCUGACUUGUUUGUCCAGCACAUCCUACAGCUGCUCAGUUAAAUUGAGAUCUGUGAAAUUUGGAGGCCAAGUCAACACCUCAAACUCAUUGUGCUCCUCAAACCAUUCCUGAACUAUUUUUGCUUUGUGGCAGGGUGCAUUAUCCUGCUAAAAGAGGCCACAACUAUCAGGAAAUACCAUUUUUACAUUACCCAAAGCAUCACACUACCUCCACUGACUUGCCUUAUUCCCAUAGCAUAUCCUGGUGUCAUGUUCCCCAGGUAAGCGGCACACACGCACCCAGACAUCCGUGUGAUGUAAAAGUAAACAUGAUACAUCAGACCAGGCCAUCUUCUUGCAUUGCUCAGUGAUCCAGCUCUGAUGCUCACAUGCCCAUUGUUAGUGCUUUUGGCAGGUGACAGGGAUCAGCAUGGGCGCCCUGGCUGGUCUGCAGCUAUGCAGCAUAAGCAAUAAAUUGCCAUGCACUCGAUAUUCUGAAACCUUGGCAGUGCUCAUCUGUUGGGUCGGACCACACGGGCCAGCCUGCGCUCCCCACAUGGAAUCCAAUGUCUCUGUUGCUGGUUCAUAACUGUUGCUUCCUUCCAUGGACAAAAUGUUCACUUGUUCCCUAAUAUAUCAAACCCACUAACAGGUGCCACGAUGAAAGGGUUGGUCUGUUAUUCACUUCAUCUGUCAGUGGUCAUAAUGCUAUGUCUGAUUGGUGUGUGUAUAUGCGCAACUGCAUUAUAAGAGGUGUUAGUUUUGGAAUUUUUAACAUGCUACCACUUUUUCUCCUUUUUCCAUAUCCGCUCCACCUUUUAGACACCCCACCCUAGUCUGAUUGUGAGGUCUGCACGCACACAUUUGCACCAGGUCAACUCAGCUCAACUCUUUCUUUUCUGUCCAGACUCUUAUUAAAUGCCUCUCAGGUAUCUGUUUUUUAGUAUUAUCUUACUGUAUUGGACUGAAAUAAAAAUAAUAUUAUUAAAGAGAUGAAUCAUGGA